GCGGAACUGUUAAUCACAAGCUAUUGCUCAGUACGGAAGGACUUUGUAGACGGAUCUUUCGGCACUGCUAGUUGCACAUAGAGCUACAGAAUAUUUUAAACUGAUUAAUGCAUUAGUGAAAGAGUUUAUGCCUUUUGUACAAUAGAUCUGCAUAAUAUUGAAUCGUCUGGCUGGUUUGUUAUUGUUGUUGCACUUCAUGGAGCGGAAACGGGAAGAAGACAUAGAUUGGGGAGAGCGAUUAUACAGAGAGGAUCCGCUCACAACUGUAAACAAAAGCGUAAAAGCUGUUUUAGUGAAGAAUGCACACGAAGGACUGGCGCUGCCAUUGACAGAAUAUGAGAGAUGUUCUGUUAUAUCAGGACAGUGUGUGUAUUAUCAUUACGGCUGUGAUGGACAGGACGACAGAGGCUGGGGUUGUGGAUACCGGACUGUUCAGACUAUAGGCUCUUGGUUCAAUAAUGUUUCUCACGGUGGAAAAUCCAGACCUCCGCCAAGUCUCCCUGAAAUCCAGCAAGUUCUAGUUACAGUAGGAGACAAACCAGCCUCGUUUUUAGGCUCUAAAGAGUGGAUAGGGACUUGCGAGGCUGCUUUGGUGCUUGACCAGCUGUAUGAUGUCCCCUGCCGGCUGAUACAUGCGCGCAGUGGGGGGAAAGAGCUCGAGCAGGUGGCUCAGGACCUGCACCUCCAUUUCCUCACCCGCGGAUCACCAGUAAUGAUGGGUGGAGACAGGGACAACUCCUCCAAAGGCAUUCUGGGUGUCUGCACUGGGAAAGAAGGCAGCUACCUGCUGAUAAUGGAUCCGCACUAUCACGGUCCUGCCCUGGACAGAGAGUCUCUGCAGAGGAACGGCUGGGUAGCAUGGAGAAAAGUUCAGUCUCUCGAUCAGAGCUCCUUCUAUAAUCUUUGUCUGCCCCAAACAUAAGCAUGAUUCCACUUAUUGGUUAUGCCACAGCUUCCCAACACUGGUCCAGGGAAAACACUCAAAUGUGCAAGACACAGCAGUAUUCUAGGACCAGGGUUUCAAACUUUUGUGCUAAUGUUACCCAGCUGUUUAGUUUUCUAAACUGUUUGGCAUAAAUAUUCAUUCAUUCAUUCAUUUAUCUUCACUAAGCACUUUAUCCUGGUCAGGGUUGUGGUUGGUCUGGAGCCUAUCACAGAAACACUGAGAGUAAGCUGGGAGAAUUCACCCUGGAUGGGAUGCCAGUCCAUUACAGCACAACACACCACAUACAAUUUUGCACUCAAGUCUCCUUUAGUGAACAGUGGACUAGUCCAACAAAACACCCUUCAUAUAAAAACCAUAAUGAACUUUCCUUUACUUUACUUUCACACUAUCCGCUGUUACCUAGAUGAGGAUGGGUUCCCUUCUGAGUCUGGUUCCUCUCAAGGUUUCUUCCUCAUAUCAUCUUAGGGAGUUUUUCCUUGCCAUCAUCGCCACCAGCUUGCUCAAUAGGGAUAAAUUCACACACUUAAAAUCUGUAUCCUGUGUUCAUAUGUUUCUGUAAAGCUGCUUUGAGACAAUGUUCACUGUAAAAAGUGCUGUACAAAUCGAAUUGAAUUGAAUACACAAUGUAUCAUAGAAAAUCUACUUAGCAUCAUGUUUUUGGACAGUGGGAAGAGGCUGGAGAACACAGAGGAAACCCAUAGGAACGUGCUUAGGAUCAAACCGGGGACUCUUGAGCUGUGAGGCAGCAAUGCUACCCACUGUACCUGGCAUAAAUAUAAAUUCUAAAAGUUCUCUGUUGUUCCAUUAAACCAUGACCAUGAUAUUCAACAUGCAUGAUAUUUUUGUGGACAAAUUAUUGUCAUUUCCUCUCUGUUCCAUUAAACAAUGAUGAAAAUAGUUGCACAUGUGCCAAUAACUGGUUAGAUGUCAAAUUAUGAUAUUCAACAUGCGCAGUAUUAAUUUUGGGCAAACGUCAAACUAUUAUCAUUACCUCUGUUUCAUUAAACUCAGUUAAGAAGCUAAAGGGCAAUUGCAAAUAAGAGAAUGUCAUGUGCGUCGUGAAUUAGAAGAUGAUGUAGUAUGAUGAUGAAAGGAAUCCAGUUCACAUUCAUUUGAUUAAAAUGGUGUACAACAGGUAUAGAUAAUUAUGUUUGAACAAUAUUGUUAGUUAAUUAACAUGAU